AUGGUGGCAGCUUUAAAAUGCAUGAUCCGAGCAAACGGACAUGUGCUCGAUACAAAACCCGACAUCAAGAAACUUCUUUUUUCUGGAAAGAGCCCGAUGCCUGCCGUGGACACUGCUGAAGAAACGGCUGCGGGAAUCAGCGGGCGGUGCAAAGUUGGUGCAAGCGAGGGCCGCCCGCCCAAGCGGAUAAAGACAGAGCCUGGGGAGGCGCCUGUUGAAGGGGCUGACAGGCAGGGUCAGCUUCCCGGGGGAGCCGUUCAGAAUGGUCUUAGCCCAGGGGGGCACGGUCCUUUUGUGGACGUGAAACCAAAGUUGGAGCCUGUUGAGAAAGCUGGUGGCGAAAGGGCGCCAGAAAGUCUUGGUGGCAUGCCGCCAGCUGGCAACAAGGCAUCUUUGAGUUCGGAAUUGCAUAAAGCAUCAAUCAGCAGUGCGGGCCAGCCAGCUGGCACAACCAACGCGGAUGAGGACGCACUUCCCGAGACAGGCUCAUCGGAGCCAGACCCUGAUGAGGGGCUAGAGGAGGGCGAGAUUGAAGAUGUUGACGCCAGAAUUCUGCAGGAACUGGAGGAGCAGGUGCGCAAGCAUGCGGAGCUGCUGAAGAAGAAGCAGGAAGAGCUGGAGAGGGGGGCCGCGGGCGGGGGCAGCCAAGGCCCCUCGCAAAGCCAGGGUCUGGAGGCGGGGAACGGCAGUGGCCCAGAGAGCCGAGAACUUGUCCGUGCAAUUGGGAUUGAUAGCAAUGCUGCGGAAGGGCCCCCACGCCGGGCGGGGGGGAACCGGCAGUUCUGGCAUGCUGGGGAGUACGAAGUACAGCAAGGGAUUGUACCAGAAACAACAGGCAGCAUGGCCCACGUGCGUGUGCACCCCAAGUUUCUGCACAGCAACGCGACAAGCCACAAGUGGGCACUGGGCGCCGUAGCAGAGUUGUUGGACAACGCCCUCGACGAGGUGCAAAACGGCGCCACUUUUGUCAGCAUUGACAUGGAGCUCAACCCGCGCGCCGCACUUGGAGUGGAACCCAUGCUAGUUGUCGAAGAUGACGGAGGCGGCAUGGACCCUGACCGCCUGCGCAAGUGCAUGAGCCUGGGCUACUCCGCCAAGACCAAGCUGGCCAACACCAUCGGCCAGUAUGGCAACGGCUUCAAGACCAGCACCAUGCGGCUGGGUGCUGACGUCAUCGUGUUCACGCGCUGCCCUGGCAUGGGGGGGCGACCUGCCACUCAGAGCAUCGGCCUGCUGUCCUUCACGUUCCUCAAGAAGACGGGGCACGAGGACAUUGUGGUGCCCAUGGUGGAUUUCGAGGUGGGCGCCGAGGGCACGCUGCGCCCCGUCCUGGCGGGAUCCCUGGAGGACCAUGCGCGCAAUUUGGACACCAUCUGCGAGUGGAGUCCCUUCGCAACGCAGGAGGCGCUCCUCGACCAGUUUGGCGGCCUGGGCUCUCACGGGACGCGCGUGGUGAUCUUCAAUCUGUGGGAGAAUGACGACGGCCUGCUGGAGCUCGACUUCGAGACGGACCCGCGCGACAUCCUGCUGCGCAGCCGUGAUGUCGACACCGAGAAGGCCGAGGCAUUCCCGGACUCGCACGUCUACUUCACCUACAUGCACUCACUCAGGAACUACGCGUCCAUUCUGUACCUGUCGCUCCCCCCCGGCUUUCGCAUCUUCUUGCGCGGGGCCGAAGUGCAGCACCACUCACUGGCGCACACCCUGCGCCACGCCAAAGAGCUGCUGUACCGGCCCCACAUGGGCGAGGACGCACGCGAGAACGCCAGCGUUGUGACCACGCUCGGGUUCUGGGUGGACUCCCCUCCGCUGGACGUGCAAGGCUUCAACGUGUACCACAAGAAUCGACUCAUCAAGCCCUUUUGGCGGGUGUGGAACAGCGCGAGCAGUAACGGACGAGGAGUGGUUGGCGUGCUGGAGGCCAACUUUGUGGAGCCUGCGCAUGACAAGCAAGGCUUUGAGAGCACGCCCGUGCUGCAGCGCCUUGAAAAGUGGCUCGCGCGCUCGCAGAAGGCCUACUGGAACGAGUACUGUGUGCUGGUGGGGUAUCAGGACAGGGCGACGUGGAAAAAGCGCAAGCCGGGCAGCGACCCGGCGUACCAUGCCCCCAGCACUGCCAGGAGCCCCCGGGACGACCCACCGUUUACCCCGACUGAAGGAGGCGCAGGGCUGGACUCGCCCUCGGUAGGCGACCCCGGCGUCAGCCUUGCAGCCCCGCAGGAGACUGGGGGAACAAUCGAAGGACUGGACCAGGAAGAUCAACCGCUUCUGUAUCGCGUAAGGACGCCGAAGGCGAUUGGGGGGUGGCAAAACGGGAGUCCGGCGGCAGGGGCUGAGGAGCCGAGAGGAAGCGGAGGCGUGGGGGGGCCAUCGCCUGCAGAGAGGGCUGAGACGGCAGCCCGGGUGAAGCAGCUGGAGGCGGCGGUAAUGGAGAAAGAUGCGCUGCUAAAAGGGCUGGAGCAGCACGCGGGGAAACUGGUGGAGGCGGUCGGGGAGCGCGAGCGGCGCGCGGCGCAGCUGGAGGCGCAACUAGAGGAGGAGAAACGGACGGCGCGGCUGCUGGACGUGGCGAUGGCCAAGCUGCGGGGCAUGACUGCCGCGUGCGAGCAGCAGAAGGCGACCAUCGAGCAGCAGAGAAGGGCGCUCGAGGUCGCCGAGAGGACCGCCGAGGCGCUCCGAGGUGACGUCAGCAGGGAGGCUGCGAGAGUGGCGGCAGCGCAGAAGGAGAUUGGAAGUGUGCGAGAGAGGGGGGAGGCAAAGGUGCGAGAAAUGCAGGCGGAGUUGAACAAGGAGCGGGGCUGGAACGGCGAGCGCGCGCUUCAGCUGGUGAAAAUGGAACAGGAACUGAGCGCCGCACGGGAAGGAAGUGGCGCGGCGCUGGCGGCCGAGCGCGCGGCGCACGCAAAGGCGCAGGAGAAGCUGAAGCUGCUGGCGCGGGACCACGUGCACCUGCGGCGGCAGCACGACGCGACGCUGCAGAACAUGGCGGCCCAGGGGGAGCGGAUCGAGCAACUAGAGUGGCGGAUCAGGGAGGGGGCCGAGCACAGGGUGAAAAGAGAGCCGGAGCCGAUCAAUGGAGGUGAGGGCGAACAAGAGGAGAGACGAGUAGGGGGCGAAAGGAGCGGAGGAGAAGGUGGGGGCGCGUUAAAGAAGAUGCGGCGCACGUCCGACAGUUCAGAGGUUUUGGAGGGGGGUGUGAAGUGGCCGGUUGCGGAGGAGAGGUCCGUGAGCCACCGGAGUCUGGCGGGGGAGGAGGACGAUCUGCGAGCCGAAAUGCGGCGGCUCAAGGAAGAGUUCGCGGCGAUGAAGGAGCUGUUGUUGAGCAAAAGCGGUUGACACAGGUGUUUUGUACAUACGGAAUAUGCUGAGAGGAAACUUCCCAUACCUGAUACUGUGUCUAUAGUAAGUAUGCACUUUUGUGGCCUGACGUUGAGCAACGUCCCGCGGAAUGCAUGAACAGAAAUAUUGCGCCCAAAUAGAGUCACAGCCCUAGUCAACUUUAGUAAAGCCUUCUCAACGUGUGUUUGCUUAGAGGACGUUCUUAUGAAAUGUCAAUGAGAAAUCUAGUAGGGUUACUAUAGGGGAUCGGUGAUCUAGAAAUGUCCCAGCUGUGCGAGUAAGGGCAGCCCCGUCAGACAGUCACUGGGUCGCUAGGCCGGUGCUGAACGUACACUAGUUCAGUUGAUCAAUUCAAAGCCAUGACGUCACUG